UUGACGAUCACGUAUAUUCCGACAGUACAUUUCUUCUUACCAAGCCCGAACAUCGAAACAGGUUAUACAAUGAUCUCAGUGUGUCGAGCAGCAUUUUCGGUUCUUGCGGCAACAACUGUCAUCCUCAGUGCAGCAGAGGUACGGCAUAUAGCAGCCAAUUUCACAGAACCUUUGAGUGGGUUACUUUCACGGGAGAAACGCUUCUUAAAUUUCGUCAUCAAUGGAGGCACUGCCAAGAUCGUUAUUGGCGGAGUGUUUCCGGUUCGAUUUCAUCACAGGCUGAAACGCAGCUUGAACUGUGCUGUCAAUCUGCAAGCCAACUACGUUAUUCCGGCAUCAAUCAUCUGGCCUGUCCCGGAGCACGUGUUCAAAGAGCGUCUUAACAAUAACUUUGUGGAUAACAGUCGUCCACAACUGUACCAAGUGCUCGAGCAUAUGAUCGAUAGCUGGGGACGGCAUGGACGGUCUUGUAUAUUGCGAACUAUUUGCGAAGUAGCUGAAACUCCCCUUAGCCACAAUGGAAUGUUUGGUGAAAUUCUGGAUGUGAUAUUUACCCCAAGUGGUACGGACGUUAUGGAUGAUGAUUACAAAUUAGCGCGUAAAUAUGGUUUGCAUGGCGUUAGUUGUUCCAAAGCCUUCAAUGAAUGCCCCUAUGGACACGGAAUUCUGGAUACAAUUUCUGCCGUCAAUCUGUUUAAGUUCUAACUAAAUUGGUAACCUGAAUGAAAGGAAUAGUUUGUUGAGCACAUAAAUAAACUUUACAUCAUCAAUCAGUUUGUAGAUAUAGGGGCAGAAUCAACAAACUUUAAAAGUUAUGUAACUGUGAAGUGUUUCUGCACCGUCAUCAAAACAAUUUCUUUACAGCCAUUAUCAAUAUUUCUCAUAUUCACCUAAGUCAUCGGCAAUCUACACAAGCGUAACUUGUUGUUUCAUUCUAGCACACGUCAUCAGUUAUGCAAUUGAAUGUUCAUCCAUCUGAGAAAAAAUGCGAAGUUGUGC